GGGGGGGGCGCUGUGGGCAUAGUGGGGUGCACGUGUGCAAGGAAAAGGGGGGCACCCUUGCAAUGGACCCCCCACCCAAUUCGUGCCCAGGACGCCGGUCUCGGCGGGCACCUGAAUUCGGGGGUCUCCAAGUCUCCCGUCGCUUUUCGGGGUUCAGUGGGUGCAUGUGAACCCCCCCACGUGUCUCCGCGUCCACCCUCCAGCCCCCCGGAUCCACCCCAUGUCAUUUUUCCAGCGCGCCGGAGCUGGGUCCCUCUCGCCUGCUGGAUUUUUGCCUUCGCCGAGCGGCUUUUGCAAAGUUCUCCCUUUCCCAACUUGUUUUCACCCCCUUUUUGCAGAGAGACGAAGUGGGGGACGAAUCUCGGGGGGGGGGGGGGUCGUGGAGUUUGCAGGCGUCCGAUGCUGAGACGUAUCAACCCAUGUCUCCCCAAAGAGUUUCUCUUGGCUUAAAAAAUGACAUUUAAAUGAGUUUUUGGGGGGCUUUUCCCCCUUUCGGAGUCCAUGCAGGGGCAGCGGGAAUAGAUCUGACCCCCCCCCUCCCCCCGGCUUCUGUCACUGCUUAAAAUCGUUGUGCAAAUAUCCGCAGGGACACUAGUAUUGUGGGAGGGGGCAGAAAAGUGACUCUCGGGGGCUUUUCAUAUAGAAGAAAAAAUAGGAAAACCCCAAAACAGCAGCGGCCAGAGCCAGCCCAGUGCAAAACCCAGAGUAUUUGGGCGUCUUAUCUUUUAAACUGAGAAAAAAAAGAGAUUUGGGAAUAAAAGUGAAUGCAAAAGAAUAUUUAGGUGUCUUAUCUUUUAAAUUGGGGAGGGGAAAAAAGAAGAGAUUUGGGAAUAAAAGUGAAUUCAACUGAAUACUUAGGCAUCUUAUCUUUUAAAUUGGAAAAAAAAAAAAGAUAUUUGAUCACAAAAGUGAAUUCAAGUAGCAGAUCACACCAGGAGAAAGUGGAAGGACAAAUCCAGCCCCACCCCCGGCCCCCGGGUUCGUAGGAUGAGCCGGGUGGAUCCUUUCCACCCGCUAAAAUGUGGGUUUUGGGGCGAGCGAAGGCAUGGGUCGAGCUCCCGGCCUUUGGCUUUUCUUCUCUAUUAUUGUAAAUGGAAAAAAAAUAAAGAGGCAAAGAGCAGUAUGAGGACCUGGCGUGUUACCCCGCGAUGGAUGGACUCCCCUUGCCGGGAUUCGCGGACCCCCACCUGGGCAGGAGCCUGCCGCCCCCCUCGCUGAGCCAGAGCUCCCCAUACGGCCCCUCCGGGGUGAGCCACCGCGCGGGGGCACCCGCCGGCAUUGGCAACGGCGACGCCUUGAAGCGCGAGAAGGAUGAGAUUUACGGGCACCCGCUGUUCCCGCUCCUGGCGCUGGUGUUCGAGAAGUGCGAGCUGGCCACGUGCUCGCCCCGCGACGCGCCCGGCACCUGCCCCGGCGCCGACGUCUGCUCCUCCGACUCCUUCAACGAGGACAUCGCCGUCUUCGCCAAGCAGGUGCGGACGGAGAAGCCCCUGUUUUCCUCCAACCCCGAGCUGGACAAUUUGAUGAUCCAGGCCAUCCAGGUGCUGCGAUUCCACCUCCUGGAGCUGGAGAAGGUGCACGACCUGUGCGACAACUUCUGCCACCGCUACAUCACCUGCCUCAAGGGGAAGAUGCCGAUCGACCUGGUCAUUGACGACCGGGAUGGCUCCAAGUCCGACCUGGAGGACUACGCCUGCCCCAGCCUCUCCGACCAGGGCAGCGUGUGGCUGCGGGACGCGGAGGAGGUGGCGCCCGCGGGCACCCCGGGACCCUCCAGCGGGGGGGGGCUGGCAUCGCACAGCGGGGACAACUCCAGCGAGGCAGGGGACGGGCUGGACGCGGGCGCGGCGUCGCCCAGCACGGGGGACGAGGACGAGCUGGAGCGGGACAAGAAGCGCAGCAAGAAGCGCGGGAUCUUCCCCAAGGUGGCCACCAACAUCAUGCGGGCCUGGCUCUUCCAGCACCUCUCCCACCCCUACCCCUCCGAGGAGCAGAAGAAGCAGCUGGCGCAGGACACGGGGCUCACGAUCCUCCAGGUGAACAACUGGUUCAUUAACGCCCGGAGGCGCAUCGUGCAGCCCAUGAUCGACCAGUCCAACCGCUCCGGCCCCGGGGCCCCGUACAGCCCCGAGGGGGCGCCCCUGGGGGGCUACGGCCUGGAGGGGCAGCAGCACCUGGGCGUCCGCCCCCCUGGCGCGAUGGGCGGCGUGGGCAUGGCCAUGGGUGUGGAGGGGCCGUGGCCGUACAUGUGACACCCGCAUGCUGCGAGGACGUGUUCCCAGGAUGCACCAGGCCAGGCCGAGCAUGUGUCGCACCUGUGGCGGGCACGGGAUCCAUGCGCCCCCCCCGGCUCUGCAGGGGCCCCCCUGGGAAGAUGGGGUGCCCUCCCCACCCCCAGCUCCCCACGGCCCAGGCAGGAUGCGGGGGCGACACGGGGAGACGCUGCAGGACUUAGCAGCGCAGAGACGGACUCUGGGCGCUCGUGUCUGCCGUACACCCCUGAGUGUGCGCAGAUGCCGCGUGUGUGCACUUGGACACGGGUGUGCUCGUAUCAUAGACGUGGGUGCGCAUCGUGGGUGUGCACUUGGGCGUGUGCACAUACUUCACGUGUGUGCCCUCUGGCAUGGGUAGACACACAUCAUAUACAUGUGUGCACAUUUCACAGGUGUGCACGCUUGGGCACAUGUGCACAUACUUCAGGUGUAUGCACUUGAGUGCAUGUGCGCAUACCUUGUGUGAGUGCACUUCGUGGCGUGUGCACAUGCUCACAUGGUACACACCUACACACGUACUUCAUUUGGACAUGGCUGCACAUGCUUGCAUCUUACAUGCGUGUGCACACUUCACGUGCACUCAGGCACGUGUGCACACUCAUGUCAUAGGUGUGUGUGCACGCUCAUGCACAGGCUUGGACACGUGCACUCGUAUCGUGUGUGCCUGCACUCAUCACCCCUGUGUGUCCUCGGACACACGCUCAGAUGCUUGUGCCAGAUGGACCUGUUGUACGGACAGGUGUGCACCUGUGCAUGUCACCCCUUCUCGUGGCCACACUCAUUUGUGUGCACAGGCAUAUACACACCCACCCACUCAUGCCCACUCAGUCCCAGCCUCAGCAGCAGCAUUGUCCCUCUCUACCAUGCACCCACACCCACACACGCGCGUGCAAACACCCCCCCUCCACCUUGACCAACAUCUGGGUCUAUUCCUGCCCUUCCCGGCAGGUUUUGUUUCUCUUAAUUAUUAAUGACUUAAUUAAUUAACGCCGUGACAACGGGAAAGUAAAUUAACUUGGACGUUUUUCUUA